AUGCCUCCAAAGAUCAUACCACGUCCAAGGCAAUCCGCUCGGAAAAAUCGAGACACCACACAAGAGUAUGAGUCCCUGGACGUUCUGAGCACACCUUCACCCAAGGAAGCUCUGGCCAACGAUGACAACGAGGUCCAAGAUAUAUCUGGAUCUGGCAACGCAGAACAGACGGAUGUACCAGAGACACAGCCUGAAAUUUUCACUUCUCGAGAUGUAUCAGCAUCCACACCGACCGUAGUCGCGGGCUCUCCACCUCCCAGACGCUCGGUGCAACGACUAAAAUCUGCCUUGCCGCGAAACUCACCGAACCCUGCUUCCAACUCAAGUGUAGCAGAUGGCUUAGACAAUCGACCCACUGGUCUCAAAUUUAAGCCCAAAUCCUUCAUCCGCCGCAGCAAAGAGGAGCGAGAAGCUGAAGAGAAGGCUGAAGCUGUGCGAAGGGCAGCAAGGCAAGCCGUAGAAGGAACGUCAUCUACGAGCGACCGAGGUGGAAACUAUGGCAGAGGAAGAGGACGUGGACAGCGCGGAGGCUUUGGCGACAUGAGCAAAUGGAAGAACGAAAGGUUCAAUCUCAGUCAUGAAGCUAGUGGGCAUCUAGGUGGGAGUACGAUACAGGAAGCAGCUAUGAGCAGAAACAGGCGUGGCGGGGGUUUUCGAGCAGGAAAUGCAGGCUCGUCCGAGGCAGUUUCUACUAGUGGUACGUCCCGCGUCAAGAAGGAGCCCGCUGUGAAGCCAGAAAAGGACAGAGAUGGAGACGUGAUUAUGAGUUCGUCAACCUCCAAACCAAAGCGGACGAAAGUCAAAAAGGAGGAUCAAGGCCCAACCUACGUUUCUUCCGACGGUGAGCUGGAUUCUGAUGGAGGAGAACGAGUCAACAUCGAAGAUAUCAACAUCAUCAACCUCGUCUCAUCUGAGGAUGAGGAUGAGGAGCCAGUUCAGCAAUCCCGUAUAUCGAAAGGGAAGCGGCAUGAAGCGACGCCGCGGGUACCCGGUAGCAAUCUCAUGCCUGUCCGAAUUCAAAGACAAGAGCAUGUGGAGCGGGCUGUUGGUGUAAAUACAGACGCUAGUUCUCUGACAUCGGCAGAAUUACGGCGUAGAGCAAAAAUCCGAGCUGAGGCUGGAGGUAGCCUUUUUCUGCCCGAAGGGGAUGAAGCGGACGUCUUGUCAGCUACGAAACCCAAGACUCAAAGGAAGCCUAAGGAUGUGGAGUUCGUACGUAAUGAGCGAAAAUGGAAGGGUGUUUAUCAGGACGAGGACGACCGGGAGGGCAUCGUCAAGAUCAAAACUGAGCCAAAAGACGACAGAGAUGUCAUGUUGACUGACAGGUCCAUGGGCGAUGGGGAAACAGAGCCAGUUCCGCUCGACGACAUUGACCUUGCCAAUACAUCUACGCGGCCUACUGUGAGCGACAGCGACGGCACUCUCAAAUCCCAGGCAUCGCUCGAAGGUCCGGGAGCAGCGCCAGAGGGAGAUCCCCUUCCGCACUCUGCUGAGAGGCUUCGAAGGAUCAAAGGUUAUCACGGCCUCAGACCAGUAGAGGUCUCUGAAGAAGAGGAAGAGGACGAAAUAUUCGCAGAAAUCGCGGACAUCGUGUUAACAAAGAACGACGUUCCUAUGGAUACUUCCGGUCCUGAGCUUGCUUCUUCUACGAAAAUUCCCGAUGAUGAUGGCGACCUGGACAUGGAUAACGAGGGUACUUAUUUCCAGAGAGGUGGGAAGGAAGAAGUCUAUUUGUUCCAGCUUCCGCCUGUUGUACCUAGCCUACGAGACAUAUCAAAAGCAACAUCGAAAUCCGAAGACAAGAAAAAGAACAAGGCAGUAUCAGCUGAAGCUCCAAGAUCCUCAGCUUCAAGAACCCCGUUAAGUACCCAGAUCAAAGACGAACCCAACAUUAAACCCGAUCCUGACGAGCUACACCACGAGACUGCCGUCCCCCACGCCUACACAUCCGACUCCUUCCACCCCACAGGUGGCUGGGGAGGUGCUCUAAGCAUCCAUGCCAAAGGUUCUAUGCUAGCAACAUGGGGCGGUAUGAGCUUCGAAAUCAGCAAAGAAGGCACUGGCGCAAAGCUGGCGCAAGAGUUGAUCAUGACGGAGUUUGAAAGUGCGCUAACGAAAGUGGAAGACGAGAGCAGAUGGGAGGAGAAAGUCGAUGUUCCGAUGCCAUCGCCGUUCCCUUCCACCUCCUCUCAUCCCGGUCAAGGCAGCAUUCAUCUGACCCUACUCCCACCCUCCACGCCCGCCUUCUCCACCCUCACCUACACCUAUCCCCUGAAACUCCUCCCCUCGCGUCCCCACAGACUGCCAGCCCGUGGGCCCCCGCGUCCGCCGGACCCAGAUGCGUCGCACCCGCCCGCCAACGUCCCGCUCCUCUUCCUCCUCACCUACGGCGGCGGCCUCGUGGCCGGCGACCGCAUCGAUCUCUCCGUCCGUCUCGACCCGGGCACGCGCCUGACCCUUACGACCCAGGGUAGCACGAAGAUCUUCAAGCCUUCCACGGUGCCUCCGCCGACCACGCGCCAGGAUCUCGGCGUCCAUGUGUCCAGUCAUGCGGCGCUGUGGAUAGCUCCGGACCCCGUCCAGCCCUUCGCCGGCAGUCUCUACGCGCAGAAACAGAUCUUUCACGUUGAGGGCGGAGGUAGUGUAGGCUUCGUCGACUGGGUGAACGAGGGUCGGAAGGCGAGGGGCGAGAGCUGGGCGUUUGAAGGAUGGAGGGGUAGGAACGAGAUAUGGGAGAUCUAUGGCGAGGGGUUGCAGAAGAAGAGGAUGCUUGUAAGGGAUGCCGUUGUGCUUGAUGGGAAAGGUAUACAAGGUAGGAUGGAUGCCAUGGGAGUAUUCGGCACUGUGCUGCUACGAGGCCCACUCUUCAGAGCCCUUGCGGACUUUUUUGUGGAAGAGUUUCAGGCACUGCCGAGGAUUGGUGGGAGGGAUUGGGCUAGUACGAAUGAUGCCGUACAGAAGCUUACGGCCAAGGAAGAGUGGAGAAAGGAGAGAUUGCUGAGGGAGAAAGAGGACGGUGUGCUAUGGACGGCCUGCCAUGUGAGGGGCUGCACUGUUGUCAAAUUUGCGGCUAAGGAAGUCGAAGGGGCAAAACAAUGGCUGGGGAGCAUGCUGAGGGAAGAGGGCAGUGUGGGUCAAGAGUUCGGAGAUGGGGGUCUGAUGUUCGUGCGGUGA